CAUCUCGCUCAUGCUCAAGGGCAAAACAAUUUGAAAUCGUGCGUACUCGCACUGAUUUUCCCCUUGAGGAGCAAGGGGGAGUGUGGUAGCUGUCUAGUAUCUAACUGUGCUUCGAGUUAUUGUUGGAUUCGGUUUGAGAAGUGCGGAAGGGACUAUUUGCGUAGCAUGUGCUAAUUGUGAAUGUCACCUGCAUUAGUCCCAUCGCUUCUGUCCAUAAAAAUUGAAUUUAAGUUGGAGGUAUGUGCGUAAUUGUGUUUCCAUCCUAGGCACCUGAUGGAGAUUAGGCAUCUUAGUUGGCAACUAUCCAGGCUACAACGUCAAGAAGAAGAAGUGGGGAAAAUCCCUAGUUUUAUCGCUGAGUGGAUGUGUAUUCGGCUGAUCAAAUUGAUAUGUAUGUCAUAAGUGGUUUUUCAAGCAAACGUGGAGGAAGCCAUGUGUUCCGAAGUGACGCCAAUUAUAGAGGUUGUUUGCGAAGGUUAUCCUGUAGAUUUCGUUACUAAGUUUGCCGACUUCCGGAAACUGGGACGUUUCACAGAUGUAACGCUACGAGUAGCCGGCGAAGAGAUGGUUGCUCAUAGGGCGGUCCUGUCGGCUGCAAGUCCUGUUUUCAAUGCAAUGUUCGAUGAUGCCUUCGCGGAAACCAAAAAGGAGGUCGUGGAUUUGCAUCAUGAAACAACUCCAAAAGUGAUGGCUGCGAUUCUGGAUUAUGUGUACUCUGGAAAAUUAAAAAUGAAUGUGGAAUACUUCACCCUGUUCUUACGGAAUGCUGACUAUUUUGGUCUGGAGGGUCUGAAGAAUGAACUUCCAAAGGCGCUAUCCACCCGUCUCAAUGCAAAUAAUUGCAUUUCAACGUUAGUGUUGGCAGUCGAGAACGGACUAGAUGAUUUGAUGAAUAAGGCGAAGCAAAUUUUGGUAAGUCAUUACCAAUCGAUUAAUACCUCAAAAGAGAUACAGAUGCUCACUAAAAAACAGUUGGAGUUGAUUCUUAAUUUGGUUCAGCAAUCCCCCGCAACCCAAAAAUACGCAGCUAUUAUGCACUGGAUAAAAUACGAUGAGCUUAACCGCCAGGAUUAUAUGUACGAUCUUGCAUCGAAAUACGUAAACAAGAUGUAACCGAAACGGAUAUUAUCAAUAAAAUCGAAGAUACUCGUAUAAUACAGUCGUGGA